UUAUUGAAGCAUUUUUGUGAUGGCUGCUUCACACUCUGUCAAGUAAUUCUAAUAUCUUGAUGUACAUUAAUUGUCUUCUUAUAUUUAAGUUGAGCUCUUCCUUGUUCUUGGUAUGACAAAUUAUUACCAACUGAAACCUGGGCAUUUAGCUCUUAUUUAAACUUUGGGUUUUAUCUGGUGUUCUUUGACACUGUUCUGGCAGAGUAAGAGAGAGCUUCAUCUUAUUACCACAGAUGGAUUUCCCACUUGAGCUUUCAACUCUACCUUAGUAACAUAAUGCGGUUGGGAGUAACUGAAGUUGGUAUGUUACUACCUUAGUAACAUAAUGCAAUUUACUUUGUAAAUUCUGGGAGGAUUAUAUGUACCCUAUCUUUGAAGAUUUUCAUGGAGGAUAAUGGACAUUUGGGAGUCCAUGUUAUUAUAUUUGUGUAUGUAAUGAAAGGGUAGCUAUGAUUUUUAUAUUAUAAUUUUCUUUUUUUUUUAACAAUGCCCAAUUAGUAGCCAUAGGGAUCCUAGAGGGACAUUGACCUCUAAAUAGCUUUGUUCUGUCUUCUAACGAGGCCUAGCAUGUCUGGGGCCCGCCCCCUGGCCCUGGUUGAUCCUGAUUGGUGUUAAGAGAGUCCAUUGCUAAAAAUAUGAUGGUGAAAAUUAAAUUCACUUUCAUCUCGGCUUCCAAUGACAUGUGUGUUCUUCUCAACCUAGAGAGGUCAGGAAGCGGAAAUGCAUUUUACCUGCCCUGGAAUUCAUUUAAGAAGAAUACCGUGUACAAGAGACCAGUUUGAGUGAGGAGGGUAAUGUCUUCCACCAUGCCCCAGAGCAUUUGCCCAGCAAGCAGGGUCUCCUGCUGGUGGUGGCUGAUGUAGGAGCAGAAUGCGAGUUUGGGGAACCUGGAGCCUGCAAGGAAGGAUUUCAUCAGGCAAGAUUGCCAUGGAGCUUUCCCUUUGGUUUACCCCAGUUUUGCCCAGGAGAAAAUUCCUGGCUUGUCGGAAGAAAAGAGAAGCAUAUUGUCAAAGAAACUGUUUCCUGUAAGCUGCUUCUUGAUCCAACAGAGUUGAUGACAGAGAAAUGGAGAUAAACAUGGAGGUGAGGAAUGAGACAACAAUCCAAGAAUUCAUUCUGGAAGGGUUUCCUGCCAUCCAGUACCUGGGGAACAUCUUCUUCCUGAUGCAUCUGCUGGCAUAUCUGGCCUCUAUCACAGGAAAUAUGGUGAUCAUCAUUAUCACUUGGGCUGACCAUCGCCUCCAGACACCAAUGUAUAUUUUACUCAGCACUUUCUCCUUCUCUGAAUGCUGUUUUAUUACCACAGUUAUUCCUAAACUGCUGUCCAUCUUUCUUUCAGGAAGGCAAACAAUUUCCUUUACUUCUUGUCUCACACAAGCCUUUUCUUUUCUGUUUUUUGGGUCAAUAAUUUUUUUCCUGAUGGCUGUGAUGUCCUUGGAUCGAUACCUGGCCAUUUGCAAACCUCUGCACUACCCGGCCAUCAUGAACCUGAGGGUUAGUUUCCUUCUGGCUUUCUUCUGCAAUGCUUUGUCCUUCAUCUUGAUCACUGGUCUGGUGCUCAAGGUUUCUCAGUUAUCCUUCUGUGGCCCCAAUGUCAUCUCUCAUUUCUUUUGUGACCUAGGCUCCCUGAUUCAUCUCUCUUGUUCUGACACUGGGUCUGUUGAAAUAUAUGUCCUCUUCCUUGCUCUGCUUGUCAUUCUGAUAUCUCUCAUUUUAACCAUCAUUGCAUACAGCAAUAUAGUAGUCACAAUUGUGCGACUUCCAUCAGCCAAGGAGCGACAGAAAGCUUUCUCCACCUGCUCCUCUCACCUCAUUGUCCUCUCUCUGAUGUACGGCAGCUGUGUCUUUAUAUACGUGAAACCAAAGCAAACAAAUAGGCUGGACUCCAACAGGGAGGCUGCCCUUGUGAACACAGUGGUGACCCCACUGUUGAACCCUGUCAUCUACACUCUGCGGAACAAGCAGGUCCAUCAGGCUCUGAGGGAUGCUCUGUCCAGGGUGAGGUUGCAGAAACAGAGCUUUGGAGGCCCACAGCAAGCUCUGGAUUUCUUGGAAGAUAAUAGUUGCAAGAGGAGGAAGUCCUGCCUGCCAUGAGGUGACUCCUAUGUGUGACUGGCCUCAGGGACCGUGGUGAUUUGUGGACUUACUGGGGACAACUGGAACAGAAGCAGAAACUCCUUCAGGCUGGGGGUGAGCACUUUGGUUUCACAAGCAGCACUUCAGGGGAUCUGGCCCACAGUGGGUUAGUGAGAGUGACACAUUCCACACUCCCAGUGUUUAGCCUAUUUUUGAGAUACUAGAGCCAAACACCAUCUUGAGAAAAGUCAUUGAUUGAGAGGACUGAAGAGAGAAGAAUGUUCACUGAGUUGCAUGGAAGAGUCAGUGUAUGUGUGCCAGGUUCCCAGAAUAUCCUCUUAAGUAGGUUAAUCCUGUGACCUACUGUCAUUCCCACCGCCCUCACAGGCCAGCAUGAACCCAAGGGGUGGGUGGUCAAUUCUGGACUUACAGUUCAUGUCCUGUUGUUGAGCAGCACCCAAUGUCUCUGGUCUCUAGUUUCUUCUAUAAAAUUCUUGAGCUAAAGUAGAUGCUCUCUAAGCCCUGUGUCAUUCCACAGGCCAGUAACUCAUCAGUGAUUAUAACUAAGGGUAGAAACAAGUAAGCUAUGAAGCUAAUCUUUCACUUAAGGUUAAGAAAUCAUCAACAAUAAAUUUACUCCCAUUUUAAAAUGUUUUGUCACCGCAUUUGGAAACAUCAGGUACUCUGGAGUCGGGUAUUCUGGCUAAAGUCCCAGCUAUGUGACCCAAGUUCUCUGGAACUCUCUAAACCUCAGUUUCUGCUUCUAUAAAAUAAGGGGUUCAUGGUUAUUGUGAAGAGUCAUAGAAAUACUGAAUUUCAAUGACCCAACACAGAACAAGCAUAGAUCCUCAACAGAUGAUGAUGAUGACAGCUUGGACAACAGAAUGUGUUGCAUUAUUAAAAGGGAUAUUCAAAGGAAUGUUACUAACAUUACUCUUAUGUUUACUUACAAACUGAUAAUAUCAUUAAAAACAAUAAAAUAUAUAACUACAAAAAUGUCAA